AUGGACCCCUACGAUAGCGAUUCCUCGGGUCUGGAUGAUGAAGCUCGUGGAGAGUAUACCACAACGUCAGUACUGUUGGGAUAUGUGGAAGAAGAAGCUACGGACGAUGCGAUCAGUCACCUAGGCGGUUUACCAACAUGGCUCGACCCCUCAACCCCGCCCCCAGGCAAUUUCGCCAAAUGCAAGUCCUGCAAUGACCCCAUGCCGCUGCUGUUGCAGCUGCAUGCUGAUUUACCAGAGCAUUUCCCAAAUGAUGAAAGAUGGCUCUAUAUCUUCGGGUGCACGAGACGGACAUGCAGCAGGAAACAAGGCAGCAUCCGUGCACUUCGAGGGGUGCGGAAACAUAAGAUCGCCAGCGGGAGUAAGAAGAAGGGGAAGGAGCAAGAGAAGAAAGAGAAGAACGCUCAAAUACCCGGGCCACCAGCGCCGAAACAGGAUAUUGGAUCCAGUCUGUUCGGCGUUGCGCCCGGCGCUGGCCAGGGGAUAUCCGCAAACGCGAACCCUUUCUCGACCACCUCCAGCUCCCCCGCACCGCCAGCCAAUCCUUUUGCACAGAUAUUCUCGCCAUCGACACUUGCCGCUCUCCCUCCCCAAAAGCCCGUCGAUGACGAAGACGAAGACGACGACGCCAACAACAAGCAAGAUUCGCUAAAAAGGGACAACCUCCCGCAAUCCUUCGCAGAAAAAGUACGACUAUCACCAUCCUCAAGCGCUCAGCAACCCCCACAGGCCAUGGGUCCCGUCGAGCCGUGGCCCGCCGAGUCUUCAUUUCCGGCGCCUUAUCCACAGUACUUCCUGGAUGCAGAAUACGAAACCUUAUCCCGCCCUUCGACGCCCAACGUUCCUACGAACGUCCAGGUAUCCAGCCUCGAAGACGAGGAGGGGCCGUCGUUGUCGUCGUCGUCUGCCGCUGCAGAGGGGAAGGACACCUUCGAGUCAUCGCUGGACAAGUCUUUUCUCAAGUUUUCCACGCGAUUGGACCAUAAUCCCGAACAAGUGCUGCGGUACGAGUUCCGUGGCACACCGCUUCUCUAUUCCACCACGGACCCGGUGGGGAAGCUGCUCGCUCCGCCGGCGGCGGCGGCGGCGGUCCAGGCGACGUCACACGUCAAGGUGGCGUCUUCGCCUUUGGCUUCGGGAGUGUCGUCGAGGCUGCCGCGGUGUGGGGCGUGUGGCCGUGAACGGGUGUUUGAGGUGCAGCUUGUGCCCUAUGCGAUCAGUGUUUUGGAAGAAGGGCGGGAGGGGAUUGGGAUUGGGAAGGAUGAAGGUGGGAUGGAAUGGGGCACGGUGAUUGUUGGUGUGUGCGCCGCGAAUUGUGGGCUGGAUAGGGAAGGGGAGCUGGGAUGGAGAGAGGAGUGGGUGGGCGUGCAGUGGGAGGAGAGGGUUGGGGGGAAGUAG